AUGGAGCGGGAAGAAGGCGCGGAAGAAGCCGCGCAGUUCGCGCAGCUGGACGGAGAAGUGUUUGAAGAGUGCCUGGGCCCGCGGUGGGCCGAGCAGCAGCACUUGAGUCUGGACUUUUCCUCGAACUUGUUCUGUCUGGAGAGCCUGGGGGCCCCCGGGAAGGGGCUGCUGGACCCGCGGCUGCGGGUCUCGAACUUGCUGCAGCUGGACCUGGCGAACAACGCGCUGCGGGAGGUGGCUGCGGUGUCUGUACACCGCGGCUUCAAGCGCCUGCAAACGCUCAACCUCCACAACAACCUCCUCACUUCUGUUCUUCUUCAGCUUCCUUCGCUCCGUCGUUUGGACUUGUCCAAAAACCAACUCCAAACUCUCCCGGACCUCCAGGGCCUCCGCAACCUCGAGGAACUUCUCCUCAGCCACAACCGAAUCUCCGAAGCAAAUUUGGAAAGUUUGCUGCUGCUGCCGAAUUUGCGGCAGCUGGAUCUUUCCUACAAUUGCCUCAGCACUUUGCCUUCCAACUUCCUCCGAGAAAUUGAACACCUCAAGGGACUCUCCAAACUCGCGAAAGUGGACUUUCGGGGCAACGAGAGCAGCGCCUGGUUUCCAGAAUAUGCUGCAGUUUUAGCUGCUAAUGCUGCAGCAAAUGGGCAGCCGCUGCAGCAAAUUGACGGGGAGAACUUGGCCCCCCGCAGCCAGAAAGAACUCCAGGAAGCUGCUGCUCUCGUGCUGCAGAACAUCGACCACGGGCUGGGCAGCCUCUGCGGCGUGGGCGAAGGCUCGCUGGCCUUUUAUGUCUCUUCUUUGCUGCAGCAGCUGACGCAGCAGCAGCAGCAGCAGCAGCAAGAAGACCCCAAAGGAGACAAAAGCGGCCUUGCUUCUCAAGUCCUCGCCCAAGUUGUUGUCCCUUCUCUCCUCGAACUCAAAACUGAUGAGAGAGCCGUGAUGGACAUACUGCGGGGCCUCGCGGGCGAAGGAGACAGCCUCGCGAUGGCCCUCGCGCUGUCUCCCUGUGUCUCUUUGCUGGGGGACCUUCUUUCUCUUUGCGGCCCCACACCGGCUAUCUGCAAAGUUUUGGCUUUAGUUUGUCUCGCUCAAGAAAACUGCAUCGAGGCCACAGGACAGGGAGUGCCCCAGCUGCUGUGCCACCGCAUUCUGGAGGAGGGAAUUCCAAAGUCAGAAGAAAAGUUUUCUUUAUUUUGCGACAUGUGCAUCAUUUUGGGCCGCUGCGCGUGGCACUGCCCGAAGGCGGCUUUGCAUUUGACGAAGUCGCUUAUACACCUCAAAGUGUUUCUUCCGGGGCUGCGGGAAAUUUUGGGAGAAAGAAAAAGUUCUUCAACUCUUCCGAUUAAAAAGGCAAAAGUGGCCGCCGCCAUAAUUGACGCUCUCACGGGCAUGAUUAAAAGCUCCCAGGAGGCGAUGGAGGUGUGUUGCAACAAUUACCACUUUGUGGAUUUGCUGCUGCCGGCGCUGAAAGAAGACGCAGCAGACCCUUUAAUUCUUGCUGCGAGUUGCACGGGCGUCCGCGUGGUCCUGGAGUUUGAACUGCAGCAGCAGCAGCAGCAGCAGCAGCAGCUGCAGCAGCAGCAGCAGCAGCAGCUGCUGCAGUACAUCUCCAGCGAGCUGCAAGGUGCUGCUGCGCUGCUGCAGUACUUGGGCGGCUCCAGCUACAGCCGUUUGUGCGACAGGGCCCACAGGGCCCUCAAGGACUCAGAUAAGCUGGACUUCGUGCCGGAAACUCCUCCUUUGUGCCGUUUGACGAACACUUUUGCAUGCAAAGCUUUGGCCGCCAUUUGCGACUUUUUGGGGUUUUACCUGCGCCCCACAAACCAGCCUUCUUUUCAAUCGCUGGUGGAUUCAUUUUUGGCGUCUCGGGGAGAAAAGGCAAUAAUAAAUUUGUUGGAAGUUCGAAAUGAAGAAGUGGUGCGCGCGGCGGUGGGGUGUACGUACAGCUUGCCGCUGGAGUGUAUAUCCAAGGAGACAGUUUUGCUGCUAAUUAAUUUAAUCAAAAGACUCCACUUUCCGCAUGCAGGACUGACCUCGGAAGUGCUGCAGACUGCAGCAAAAGUGCUGCUGCGCCUCGCCCUCGCAGAGGCCCCCAGGGCCCACGCAGUGCUAAAAUCCACAAUUGAAAAUUUGCAUGCACUCAACAAAGUCUGCGUCGAGUUCCUCUUGGCGGCCUCCCGCGUCGACACCGUCCGAGACAUCAUGAGACUCGCAGACCUCCUCCAGGGAUGGCCGGACCUCCCCGACGCAGCCAAAGACAUGAGCCUUAGGGACUUUGUGCGUCUGUGCGUUGCUGAGCGGCUGCUGCUCUUCUUAACUCCCCUCAGCAGCCGCAGCACUGCGAGGAGACAGGCGAGACAGAAGGCUUUGAAGCAGCACGCAGAGUAUUGGGCGGGCCGCCUGAAGGCAGACAUAGAAGACGCGGAGGCCGAGAUAGCAAGAGCAGAAGAGGAAGCAGCAGCAGCAGAAGAGGAGGAGCAGCCAGUGCUGCAGCAGCCGCAGCAGCGCAGCGAACUGGUGAAGGCCCUGGCCCAGUCCAAACCGCGCAGCUGGAAAGAAAGACUCAAAAACAGAAGCAAGCAGCAGCAAAAACCAGCAGCAAAACCAAAAAAGAAAAAGACACAAAAGGAAAAAUUAGAAGAGCUGCAAAACGACCCAGUGUAUGCUGACCUCUACGGCAAAGACGACGAGGAACCAUCACUGUGGGCCAACUUCCAUGCUGCUGAGCUGCAGCCCUGCUAUAUUGUUGCUGCUACACUGAGAGUUAUUUACGCGGCGCUGCAGUUUCCGGUGACUCCAGUGGCGUGUACAGACACCCGAAGCGUUUGCAGAAGAAUUGUUUUUUUGAGAUCUUUGAUAUCUUUGGUCGAGAACUGCCCCUUCAUUACAGCAAAUGUGGGGGCGAAGUUCUGCAGGCUGAUGCAGCGGGUCCUCAGGCUGGAGCCGCAGCAGCCAGUGGAGUCUAUGGAUCUCAUUCUUAACUACGACAUCGUUGCCGAGUGCACCCGUCAGAUGAUGGCUCCUCUACAUCACCUCAUCAGGCAAGCCUCUACAAAGCCCUUGGAUUUGAGAGAGCAGAUUCUUUGUGUGGAGCUUUCUGCCCUUUACGCAACUUUGGCGCGGCAAAUUCCUUAUAUCAAAUUUUCAGAGGAGAGAGAAGUUCAAGAUUGGGCAGUUGAGGAAACUUUCAAACGGCUCUUUCCAAUUUCUUCAGUGAAGGUUUUCGUCUCCAUGUUAAUUAUGGACUUGGCCGUCGACGCAGGCAGCGCACACGGAAGCUACGUCUCCCAUCUGUUGUCCCGGCUGGCUAUGGAACGUGAACGAAUGCGCGUGGACUGCAUUGACAUUUUAUCAGCUUUGAUGCAGCACUGCCCCGAGUCUCUCAGCUUCGAAGCAGUGCGAGCCCUCGAGCAUGCCCGCGUGUUUCUUCACUAUCCUAUUCGCCCUUCCGUGAUGUAUGAGCUUCUGGACUUGACGAAUACGCAGUACUUCAGCAGGACCCUUGAGCUGCUGCUGUCCUCCCACUCCCAAGUCGCCGAAAGGGUUUUGCGAAUUGGGUCAGUGCUUUGGUACAACGCCCUAAGGCACCAAGACGAUCAGCCUGAACGCGCAGUGGCUGUUGCCACGAGCCGCCGCUUUUACAUUGUCGAGCGGCCUAAAGGAAUUCGGGACCCGCUAAACCCUGAAAUAGAGUUUGUUUUCGAAAAGGGUUUUGGAAUUCGAAUUUUCGAAAUGAGAGAAUACAAAGACAUGACGCGAAUUGUUAAGGGUUUUCCCGGAGACGAGUGGAUCGCCGUGGGCUGGAUCUACAAGAAAGAAGGACAAGGAGCUGAAAAAGAAACAAUGGACUGUCUUAUUUUCGAAGUGCUGCAUCAGGCAGAAGACUUCAUGAUGUGCUUGAGGGCCUGCUCAGGGGUUUGCGACGAAGAGCGCGUGGACUUGCUGCGGGACGUGGUGUCUGCGGAGUGUUUGCUGCAGCACAUAAAGCUGCAGCUAAUAAGCUGCGAGUGUUUUGCAAUUCGUCGACAAACACAAGAAGAUGAAGCCCCAGUGGACCGCCUGGGCUUGUACAUUCUAACUGCCAUGUACCUGUACGAGUUUUUCAUUGACUGGCAAUAUUGGUUUGCCUUCGAUCCCACCAGCGCCGAGGAGAAGUGGGGAGUGCAGCUGCUGUGUCUGGAGGAAGAGUCGUCGGCAGCAAACUGGGGUGUACGUACACCUAAACUGGACAACUUCCUGGGCUGGAUGGACCCCCAAGUAGCAGCAGCAGAAGCAAAUUUGCUGCUGAGCAGCAGCAGCGACGCGGGAGAAGCAGACACAGCAGCAGCAGCAGCAGCAGCAGCAGCAGCAGCAGCAGCAGCAGCAGCGGCAGAGGUGCAGCGCAGCCGCGCAGCAGCGGUGCAGCAGGGAGGCCCCGCAUGGCUGGAAAAUCUUUUUGGAAUUUCUCGCGGAAAAACUCAAAAGCGUUUGGAAGCAGCAAAACUCCAUUUCUUGCAAAAGGGACAAAAGGCCAAACUCGAAGACAUUCGACAGAUUGAAUUUGGGGGCGGCGAGAGCUGCUGGGUGACGCUGACGUGGCGGCGGCCAAAAGUGGACAAAAGCAAGCAGCAGCAGCAGCAGCAGCAGCAGCAGCAGCGGCAGCGGAAAGGAGAGACCCCACAAGCCCCCGUGAUGCAGCUGCUGCUGUUUGGAGACAGCAGCAGAGAACGCUUCAGGCGGGCCCUUGCUGCAGCUCUCAACAGGACCGAAGAAAGCAUGUAA